AUGCUGGGAGCCAAGGCACGAAGCCCAGGGCUGUGGGGAGGUCUACAAGAGCAGAGAUCUGCAGAUGAUGGUCGUCAGCAAGAGGUGAAUGCAGAUUUUGAUGGGGCCAGGAAAGAACUGUUGAAACAGAUCCGAUAUGACAUAUCAGGUGCUGAAGAGAUUUUGAAUCUAACGCGAACUCUGUCGCCCAAACGAGCCCACACCCUUCUACAAGGUCUGCUUCACAGUCUCAUUCUAGUGAAGGAACUACAGAAAUGCCUCAAUGAGCAACGUGAAAUCACCCAGGAAGAGAAAGAGGUUUUCUUUUGGAAAUCUAGAUCAAAACAGCAAAAGCAGCAGAAAGAACAGAUGGUUCGACAUCAAGUCGACAAGUUGAAAAUGAAGCAGAUUAUCAGAUUCCUUGGAGAUCUCUCUAAGAAAUCGAAGAAGAGGAUUGCCAAGCGCGAAGUCAUGUUCAGGGCUGCGUUUUUGGAGGCAACGUUCGGCAAGUCAUCGACACCAUACAUUCUGCAGACUCCUGAGAAAGAGCUGGAUAUCCAAGCCCGCUGCAUGUCAUGUCGUGCUAGACUGUUCUUGUCGAUCACAAAGGGUCUGCAUAUGUCGCAUUGCGAAGUAAUGCGCGUAACAAAGGAUCCAGUCCGCUGUUCACAUACAAAGAGUCUGGAGACGUGUAAGUGCAAUACGCAAAGGCAUGCAAGGGCUGCCUACUCCUUCAUCUCAGCACAUUCAAAUUGA